UUCAGUGUUUUUGAUUUGAAUGGUUAAACGUACGCUCUCCACAACCAACAACAUCACAUCACAGUCCCGGUUGAGUCCAAACACCGACUUGAGAUACAGACUUGAGAUAUUAUUACUGGAGACAGAGAUAUCUCGCACGAUAUACGAGAUUUUCGAUAGAGAUAGCAAAAUCAGGCGAGCAGCAGUUUUAGCAACAGAGUUUGGUUACGGGAGUUACACGAGCAUACAUACAUACAUAUGUAAUAUUACGAGUCUGUGAUUUUAGUUAACGAAGAAAACGACAAAAAAUUAAGUGAUUUCGAUUUGUGACUGUGUGACUCUAAGACUCUCUCUGUCUAACUGUUUCUUAAUAUUUUGAGUGGUGCGCGUGUUCGAUAAGCGAUAAACGAUAAAAGGCAAUAACUAUUCAACAACAAUUACAAGUAUUAAAGUCCAAUGCAAGCUGAAGGAUAAUAAUAGUGUAACCACAAAAGUGAAUAAGUGAUAUUGUUAAUAACUACACAUUGCACAAAAUCAGAGCGAAAGGAGUUAAAUUAUCUCAACCAAAAUGGAAUACCUCUCACAGUUUUACGAUGGCUGGCGGGAUCUUAUGGACAACAAGUCAGAUCAGCGCACCCGCGACUAUCCGCUCAUGAGUUCGCCGUUCCCAACGAUAGCGAUCAGCUUGUCAUACGCGUACUUUGUAAAGGUUCUUGGUCCCAAACUCAUGGAGAACAGAAAACCCUUUGAGCUGCGCAAAGUGCUGAUCGUGUACAAUGCGUUGCAGGUUGUCUUCAGCAGCUGGCUAUUCUACGAGUCUUGCAUAGGUGGAUGGCUGAAUGGCUAUAACUGGAGAUGCGAGCCCGUUGAUUAUUCCUUUUCACCGCAUGCGAUACGGACUGCCAAUGGCUGCUGGUGGUAUUACUUCUCCAAGUUCACCGAGUUCUUUGACACCUUCUUCUUUGUGAUGCGCAAGCGUUACGAUCAAGUGUCCACACUGCAUGUGAUCCACCAUGGCAUUAUGCCCGUGUCGGUGUGGUGGGGCGUCAAGUUCACACCCGGCGGCCACUCGACCUUCUUUGGCUUCUUGAACACAUUCGUGCACAUCUUUAUGUAUGCGUAUUAUAUGCUCGCUGCGAUGGGACCCAAGGUGCAAAAGUAUCUGUGGUGGAAGAAGUAUCUGACGGUGAUGCAGAUGAUCCAGUUCGUGAUGGUGAUGGUCCACUCGUUCCAGUUGUUCUUCAAGAACGAUUGCAACUAUCCCAUUGGCUUUGCCUACUUCAUUGGCGCCCACGCGGUGAUGUUCUACUUCCUCUUCUCCAACUUCUACAAGCGUGCCUACGUGAAGCGCGAUGGCAAGGACAAAUCCGCUGUCAAGGCCAAUGGACAUGCGAAUGGCGAUGUGAAGAAGGACGACGAUGCGACGAUGCCAAAGAAGGUUUCUCCCUUCAGUGUGAAUCGAUUCCAGAACACGUUCAACAAAUUCACAACCGAAAUGUGCAAUCCAGCUCUCAAUUCAAACAUAAAUCCGAACACGACGAGACAGCGAGUGAAUGUGAAUGCGGGCAACAAGUGAAGAAAAGGCGAUUUUCUCAUCCUCGCCUUCGCCGUCCACAAUGCUAGCCAAACAGCCAGCCAGCCAGCCAACCAAUAAACCAAUUAAC